AUGGUGAACACUAGACGUGUUUCUAUUAUCGGUUCUGGAAAUUGGGGCUCUACAAUAGCCAAGAUCAUCGGUAUGAAUGUUUUGCAUUUGCACAAUUUUGAUGACCAGGUGAAAAUGUGGGUUUUCGAGGAAAUGGUUGAUGGAGGGAAACUUACAGACGUAAUUAAUACGAAACACGAAAAUGUAAAAUACCUACCUGGUAUCAAGAUACCUUCAAAUGUUCUUGCAACCCCAUCCCUUGAGGAAUGUACACGUGACGUUGAUGUCCUAAUCUUCGUUAUGCCCCAUCAAUUCCUCUCAAAAAUUUGUCUGACCAUGAAGCCGUUCAUUAAGCCAGGUGCUUAUGGGUGUUCUUUGAUCAAGGGCCUGAAUGAGAAACCAGGUGCUGGCGUGUCUCUUAUAACGGAUUUGAUUCGUGACAUCCUUAAAAUUCCCUGCGCUGUGAUGAUGGGAGCCAAUCUUGCCAACGAAGUUGCUGAGAACAUGUUCUGCGAAGCCACAAUCGGUUCACUCGAUCGUGCCAGGGGUCUGGAACUGAAGGAACUUUUCGAGACUCCAAACUUCAGAAUCUCGGUAAUUUCUGACGAGGUGGGGGCUGAAUUGUGUGGUGCCUUGAAAAACAUCGUCGCUAUUGGAGCUGGUUUGAGCGAGGGCUUGGGCUAUGGAGAGAACACCAAAGCGGCGAUAAUUCGUUUGGGAUUCAUGGAAAUGAAACGAUUUAUCUACGAAUUUUUCAGCAACCGCGGUACGUUUUCGCAUUUACAGAGUUAA